GUGUGUUGCUCUGUCUGCGUGAGAGCUUUAUCACAAAUCAGAGUGUCGGCGUCUGCUGGAGCUUACAGGGCAAGAGUUCACCGGUCUGUCGCUAACUCGGAGAGUUUCUCUCGGUUUGAUAAAAGCGGACGGAGUUUAGAGGCAAGAACCAAAACAAGGGAUCUUUAAAGGAGUCGCUGCCCGAAACAUGACUUCAGUGUUACUCGUGGAUAUGGUCUAAAUUAAGCCGUGAAAGUACUCUGGAUACGUUCAGCCGGUGUUUAAGGCGGUGUUUCCAUUGAUUUUUAGGACAGCAGCAACGAUGCCCUUUUAAACAAACGGACGUUUCCUGUGGAGAGAGCUGAUCAGAGCUAUGAUGAUGUCACAGCUGAAGCAGGCCUGAAAUAACCAGACGUGUGUUUCCAUGACAACACAGCCUCCUGGUUUAAAUGGUGGACAGGGGACUGUGUCUCAAAUAAUUGCUUUGGAUAAUGUGGACCACAUAUGGGGGGCGGUGGGUGUUUGUGACUCUUGACACAUGGUAUUUGAGAGAGAGAAAAAGAGAGAGAGGCCUGAGACAUGAUGUACAUUGGAGCUGAUAGCUGACACUGUAGAAUGAGAGAGAAUGGAACAGACAGACAACCCUGCCCCUGAGAGCAACAACCCUAAUGGGUUUGUCAACCGAGUGUUUAAUGUUUCUCUGGAUGUGGAGAAUGAGACCAGCAGUGUUUAUAUUCAGGAGACUGCACCAGGGCUUGCUGAGGGGCAGGGAGAGACCCAGGCUGUCUCUCCUCAGACCCCUGUCAAGGACAGACAGGAGGUCAAUCGGAGGCCCCGUGCCACAGGGGGAAUCUGGAAGAUCUUGAACCGAAAAAGAGCUGUCUCAGAGUUGGAGCGCAGGCCCCACUCCAUGAUCCUGCCCGGAGAGGCUUCCAUCCCUAAACUCUCAUUUGCUGACAAAGUUCGCUCCUUCAAGAAGCUCAAAUCUCCCUCUGUGUUUAGAGGGAAGACAGGGAAAUUGUCCUCUUCCAAGUUCAGCAGCUCCUUAGUCGAUGAGGAAUCUUUCUGCCGUGACAUUGGCACUCCUCAGCAGUCCAGUAGGGGCACACUUAAACACCGUGGCAAGAGACACUCAUAUGCUGGCUACACAGCAGAAUUUGACUGCUCCUUUGAAGACCUUGAUCUUACAGCUCCUAUAGAUGGUCACCAAAAUGCUGCAACAGGAGAGACUGUGACUCAGAAUGGUUGUAAACCACCAGAAAGAGUUUGCUAUACUAAAAGAAGCCACAGCAAUUCAACCAACUGUAACAAAACAGCUGCAGGCAGCGAAGAGCAUAGCAAUAAAGGCAACUCAAGCACGCACCAGGGUAGAGGAAGGAGGCACAAAGAUGUCUGGAGUUACCUGAGGAGGAUUUCCCUUUUGGGGAAGGCCAGUCCUGUCUACUCAGACAGGAGCUUUGACUCCGAGCUUCACUCUUUGGACAAGACCAUGGACUCAGACUACGGCUCUGUAGACUUUGAGAGUGUCAGAGACUUUCAGCCUCCACCCCCAAAACACUCUGACACCAAGGGACACUUUGGUGGUCUCUUCAAGUUUUUCAACAGUGUAGCAGAGACAGCCAGAAAAUGGCGGACAACAACACACUCUUUUUCUCCUCCAGAAGGAGAGAGGAGUCAGAUGAGCUCCCCUCGGGCCCAACAGCGCACAGUGGACAGUAUUCACAGUGUGUCCCUGACACUCCAUAGUGAUGGACUUCCAAAAUCCCUGCCUAUUCCGUCAUCACCAGUGACCGCUAAAUCCUCACACUCCAGUAGCUUUGACAGCGAGGCUGUCGCACCUGUGACAGGUGGACGAUCUCCUAAGGUUGUCCUGAAAGCCUUUAGGGAAUACCCAGGAUCUCCUGGUGUCAAUGGCCUGCAGAGUUCUCAUGGCACAGAUGAGCAUAUAGACAGAGAGACAAACCACAGGUCUGCAGCCAUAGUAGAGAAUCACAUCACCCAGUCAGGUCCAAACACAAAGACUAAAAUAGAAGCAGAGGUUGAAAUGGAUCCAUUAAACUCCCUCUGUCAAGAGCAAAAGGUAGAGGGGCAGACAGGAAAUGAGCAGGAUUCCAGGGAUGUUCCACCAGACUCUCACCAGAUACAGGAAGUUAAUGUCCAAUCACAACAAGGUGAUAAAGAGAGCACAACCAAUAGCAUACCAGCAUCCAAUUCCACAGAGGAAAUAUUUAAGCUGUGUGAGCAGAUUGCCAGCCAGACAAGCUGCAGUGUAAGACAGCCGUGCCUAGCCAUGCCCCACUCUAGCACAGAGAAGACCUCUGUACCUCACAAGCCCCUGCGGCUUCGUCCUCGCCCGGCCUCGGCUGUACUGGACCAGUGGAGGCCCAACCCCGACCGAGAACUCUACAGCCAUUAUAGUGAGGUUGGCUCACUGUGCAGACGGAGACGCAGACCUGCUCCCACCAUACAGUACUCUCCGGGGCAGAGACUCUCCAGACGCUCCAGGCCUUGCUCUGUCAUAGAGACCAGUGUUACUAGGGAGGCACAGUCCAUGGAGCUACACCACAGAGCCUUGUCUCGCCCCCUGGGUGUGUCACCGCUAGAGCCCCCACUCAGGGUGUCUCUCCAGCGGUGCCGCUCCCUGCCGCUCACCCCCAGCACUCUCACUGCCCUGGCUCUGCUCCUGCCUCAGUCAGACAUGGGUCAGUCGUCAUCGUCAGUGCGUCUGCGGUCUGGAGGCUCUGGUAGCUGCAGGAGGAGGAGGCUGUUAAGACCUGGCUCAGAACCACUGCAGGUCAACAUUUUGAUAAGUGGAGGUUCAAUCGUCAAUGCUGAGGCGGUAUGGGACCAUGUGACCAUGGCGGACCGGGAGUUGGCGUUUAAGGCCGGUGACGUCAUCAAGGUGUUGGAUGCCUCCAACAAGGACUGGUGGUGGGGCCAAAUUGAUGAGGAGGAAGGAUGGUUCCCUGCCAGCUUUGUACGGGUGGAACCCCACCCUCCUCAGCCCCAAACAAAACAGGUUUUCUAUAUCAACCCCAUAGCAACUCCACGGUUCCAAAACACCACGUCAAAGCUGUGGGUGAACCAGGAGGACGGGGGAGCAGAACCAGCCGAGGGAACCAGCGAGGUGCAGAACGGGCACCUGGACCCAACCAAUGACUGCCUCUGUUUGGGCUCGCCCCUCCAGAACCGAGACCAGAUGAGAGCUAAUGUCAUCAAUGAGAUCAUGAGCACAGAGAGACACUACAUCAAACACCUCAAGGAUAUCUGUGAGGGAUACCUGCGCCAGUGCAGAAAGCGCGUGGACAUGUUCAAUGACGACCAGCUGAAAGUCAUCUUUGGGAACAUUGAGGACAUCUACCGUUUUCAGAUGGGCUUUGUUAGAGACUUGGAGAAACAGUACAACACAGAGGAACCCCACCUCUCUGAAAUCGGACCAUGCUUUUUAGAACACCAAGAUGGUUUUUGGAUCUAUUCAGAAUACUGUAACAACCACUUGGAUGCCUGUAUGGAGCUGAGCAAACUGAUGAGGGAUGGUAGAUACCAGCACUUCUUUGAGGCCUGUCGCCUCCUCCAGCAAAUGAUUGACAUUGCCAUAGACGGUUUCUUGCUCACGCCUGUCCAGAAAAUCUGCAAAUAUCCGCUCCAGUUGGCUGAGCUUCUCAAAUACACGGCACAGGAGCACAGUGACUAUCGAUACGUGGCAGCAGCACUGGCAGUAAUGCGGAACGUCACUCAGCAGAUCAAUGAGAGGAAGAGGAGGCUGGAGAACAUUGACAAGAUCGCCCAGUGGCAAGCCUCUGUUCUGGACUGGGAGGGGGAUGAUAUUUUGGACAGGAGCUCGGAGCUCAUCUACACUGGGGAGUUGUCAUGGAUCUAUCAGCCGUAUGGACGUAGUCAGCAACGAGUGUUCUUCCUCUUUGAUCACCAGCUGGUCCUCUGUAAGAAGGAUCUGAUACGCCGGGACAUCCUGUAUUAUAAGGGCCGCAUCGACAUGGAUCGCUACGAGGUGCGGGACGCCAUAGACGGACGUGACGAUGACUUUAAUGUCAGUGUGAAGAACGCCUUCAAAUUGUGCAACAAAGACAGUGAGGAGAUCCACAUCUUCCUGGCCAAGAAGCCAGAGGAGAAGAUCCGCUGGCUCAGGGCCUUCCACGAGGAGAGGAAGAUGGUGCAGGAGGAUGAGAAAAUCGGUUUUGAGAUCUCUGAGUACCAGAAGCGACAGGCGGCCAUGACAGUGAGAAAGGUGACCAAACAGAAAGGUGUAAACAGGUGCACGCCCCCCUCAUACCCGCCCCCCCAGGACCCCCUCAGUGCAGGGCAGUAUGAGGUAACGGAGGACAUGGCACAAGGAGAGGUUUUUGAAUUCAGUCAAUCCAAAAGAGGCCAGGCUCCUUUCUGGCAGAAUUUUAGUAGAUUAGCUCCAUUUAAGAAAUAGAGACACACAGACUCUUCUGAAGGACCAGCUAUUUUUCUUAGAAGCACUAAACACUGGAUGAUCAUGUCCCAUGAUGAAGAAAAAUAUGAAAAAAUACACACAUACACGAGAGACUUUGAAGUUUAGGACCAAUGUUAAUAUAGAGUGUGACUGGAAGCGGCAAGAGGACUGAAGACUUGAGAAAUUGAGAAAAAAAAAUCAAACUUUACACUUCAUAUAUGUUAGUAACGUUCUUAGUUAUCAUGCUUCUCCAGCUGAGUCGACUGUCAUGAACUCUUUCCCUCGGAUUUACGUCAUCUGAAUGUCCUGGAGUUAUUGAGAUUGUUCUAUUAUUUCAUUUUGAAUUCAUCAUCUGGAACGCACCACGAGCCCAAACGAGAGCAUUCCUACUAGUAUGAUUGUGUCCAGCGGCUGAGAUCUUGCAGUGCUGCUAUGUGAGGUCGCCUGUUGCAUUCUUCUGAAUGUGAGGUUGAAUAAUGACAGGCCUCAGCUACUGGCUGUGGUCAUCAGAAGGACCAGCAAAGCUCCACUCUCGGCACCAAACCAGAGUCCAGUCUGCUGCUGAUCACAGACCAGUCAGGCCAUCUCUGCUCCGCUGAUGUCUACGUCUGGAUCUCCCCCUCACUCACAGUGCUCCAUUUUCCCUUUUCUAGCUGUUUGCAUAUAGUAGCCCUCUCUUCACCAAGUCUGAUGUUCACAGUGUUUCUCUCACUCUCUCUUAACAUCCCUCUUCUUGUCCUCUCUAUCUCUCUACCCACCUGCUCAGCCUCUGUGAGUCAGUGGCUCUCAGAGCAAGAGCUUCAUUCUCUUGGAAACCUGCCAUUGGCCGCGAUAUGAUGGAUCAGGGAACAAAUCCAUAGCCGGAACAUCAAUAGAAUAUUCCCAUCCUUUCACCAACCACUUUUGACAGGGUAUUCAUAACCAAUCAUGCCGAGGGGCUGUGGGUUGCAGUUGACAGAGGGCUUGCCACUCAGAUGAAACAGCUGGGAGCAGGAGAUAGGCAGGCUACAGUCCACCUGCCUUGUGUCAGCACCCCUCCCCACUGUCCCCAGAGACCACCCCUGUAGCACUGUGCUGGCAGCUCACUGGGUGUUUGGAAAGAGCACAGCCUACCUCCAGAAAUCCGCCGAGAGCUAAAAGUGAAGUUGAUGCAUUGGCCAAGGUCUAAAAUGAUAUCUCUUUUACAAGUCAGCUGUAAAACAAAAAAUUAAAUAAAUAAAAAAGAGGACUUCUUCAGUUCUUUAGUUAACUUAUUGAUUAUUGGGUAUUCACUAACAUUGUGAAAAGCACAGCCCAUAUUCAAUCUGAAGAACACUUUUUCUCUCAUUUGAGAGGGAGUGACCCAAGCAUAUGGUGCCACAGUGUGAAAAAUGAGAAAGAACCCUAACUAGCACAAGGGGUAAUGGUCCAAAAGAGGAGAAAUUCAAAAUGAACAGGACAACCAUAUUGGCUGGUUGCGAGUCAGUACUGAAAGAGAGCACACUGCAGAAGUGUGAGCCAGCACUAUAAGGAGACAAAGAGGUGAACAUAAUCUGUAGCAUGCAAAUGUCCUCUGACAGAUUCAUGUAUGUAAAAACUCCAGUUUCAAACUCUUGGCACUCCGUUGUUUUCCAAAUCUGAUCCAUGUUUUGGCAGUUAGCUCAGUACUGUUAAGUGGUUUACAGAGGACUGUGGCCUGAUCAGAUUAAUUUGAUUAGUUUCAACAAUGAAUUGAUGUGUUAGAGAAGAGAUGAUCUGCUGAGGAGGAACAACUGAUUUACGUGCAUCAUGAAAGUGUAUUCUUUUCUACAGUUAGAAUGUAAGUGACUCAUCUGUCCUUGGUUUGUGAUCAGAUUUUGACCCCAGAUGCAGAAAUACAUUUUGUGUUGAAUUAUUUCACCUGAUGGACAGUACAUAUACAGUAUGACAACUUGUGCAAUGUGAUAUAUCAUCAUAUAUCUUCACUAUUCACAACAACAUGAUAUGAAAGCGUUAUAUAUUGUUCUUUGUCAUUUGUUUGCCUUCUUAUAGGCCUUAUAACCUAUUGGAAAAAAAGACCUUAGAACUGCUUUGUAUGUUGUGUAAUUUAUGUUUUGUUUCAGUAAAGAAAGUUGAGAAACGGG